AUGGGAGAAACAGCAGGGAAACGCACAGACAGGAAAUGGGAGAAACAGCAGGGAAACGCACAGACAGGAAAUGGGAGAAGGAACAGAACAACGCACAGACAGGAAAUGGGAGAAAAAGCAGGGAAACGCACAGACAGGAAAUGGGAGAAACAGCAGGGAAACGCACAGACAGGAAAUGGGAGAAGGAACAGAACAACGCACAGACAGGAAAUGGGAGAAGGAACAGAACAACGCACAGACAGGAAAUGGGAGAAGGAACAGAACAACGCACAGACAGGAAAUGGGAGAAGGAACAGAACAACGCACAGACAGGAAAUGGGAGAAAAAGCAGGGAAACGCACAGACAGGAAAUGGGAGAAAAAGCAGGGAAACGCACAGACAGGAAAUGGGAGAAACAGCAGGGAAACGCACAGACAGGAAAUGGGAGAAGGAACAGAAAAACGCACAGACAGGAAAUGGGAGAAAAAGCAGGGAAACGCACAGACAGGAAAUGGGAGAAAAAAUGGGGAAAACGCACAGACAGGAAAUGGGAGAAGGAACAGUAAAACGCACAGACAGGAAAUGGAAGAAACAGCAGGGAAACGCACAGACAGGAAAUGGAAGAAACAGCAGGGAAACGCACAGACAGGAAAUGGGAGAAAAUGCAGGGAAACGCACAGACAGGAAAUGGGAGAAAAAGCAGGGAAACGCACAGACAGGAAAUGGGAGAGCAGGGGAACAGAACAGGAAACGCACAGACAGGAAAUGGGAGAAAACAGCAGGGACAACGCACAGACAGGAAAUGGGAGAAAAAGCAGGGAAACGCACAGACAGGAAAUGGAAGAAACAGCAGGGAAACGCACAGACAGGAAAUGGGAGAAACAGCAGGGAAACGCACAGACAGGAAAUGGGAGAAACAGCAGGGAAACGCACAGACAGGAAAUGGGAGAAACAGCAGGGAAAGGCAUAGACAGGAAAUGGGAGAAAAAGCAGGGAAACGCACAGACAGGAAAUGGGAGAAGGAACAGAACAACGCACAGACAGGAAAUGGGAGAAAAAGCAGGGAAACGCACAGACAGGAAAUGGGAGAAACAACAAAACAUCGCACCGACAUGA